AUGUAAUGUAGAAUUAUAUUUUUUGUUGUUGCAAUAGUAUUUCGUGAUUUGAGAACAUAUUCAAUUGGGGAAUUUAUUGUUUAAAUAGUAUCAUGGUUUGUUUUUCAUUUUUAUAUAAUAUACUUUGAGAGAAUAUAUUUUGAUAAAGGGGAAUCAAAGACUUUAGAAAGAGAAAAACGUUUUAAAUUAAUGGAUACAUUAUAAUUAGGAAUUGGAAUAACAUAUUUAGCAUUUAAUUUUGAUUCAUUACUAGAAUUAUUAGCUUUAAUUUUUUUUUCUCUUAAUUUAGGAUUAUUUUAUUGA